AUGGGCAAAGUACUGUUUGUGACGGCUCUGGCCCUGCUGCUGCACGCGCAGCUCGGCUCAUCCUUCAUCCUAUCGUGCUACUUUACAAACUGGGCACAGUACAGACCACCUCCAACCAUUUAUAUGCCCAAUGACGUCGACCCAUGCCUUUGUACCCAUCUUCUGUAUGCCUUCGCCACCAUAAAGAACAACGAACUGGCCACCUAUGAGUGGAACGAUGUGGAGCUCUACGGUCAGUUCAACGCCCUGAAGAACAAGAAUGGCAACCUGAAGACUCUUCUGUCUGUUGGAGGAUGGAACUUUGGCUCCGCAGGAUUUUCACAAAUGGUUUUGAGCUCUGCCAACCGUCUGACUUUCAUCAAGUCGGUCAUCUCGUUCCUGAGGAAGUAUGAGUUCGAUGGACUUGACAUUGACUGGGAGUAUCCGGCCAACAGAGGAGGCCCCCCUCAGGACAAGCAGUACUACUCGGUUUUCCUGGAGGAGAUGAGAGCCGCCUUUGAGAGUGAGGCCAAGCAGACCAACAGGGCUCGUCUUCUGAUGUCCGCUGCUGUGUCGGCUGGAAAGGGCACCAUCGAAUCGGCUUAUCAGAUUCCCAAGCUCGGCCAGGCCCUGGACAUGUUGAACGUGAUGACAUAUGACUUCCACGGCUCCUGGGACCCCGUGACUGGCGAGUGCAGUCCCCUGUUUAGAGGCCCAGAGGACCAUGACAGUUUAAUCUAUUUCAAUGUGGACUACGCCAUGAACUACUAUAAGAACCAGGGAGCCCCGGCUGAGAAGCUGAUUGUUGGUUUCCCAACAUAUGGCAACACAUUCACUCUGAGGAACCCUGCUAACCAUGGCGUUGGAGCACCCAUUGCCGGAGCUGGAACUCCAGGAAAAUACACACAAGAGGCUGGAGAGCUCGCUUACUUUGAGAUCUGCGGCUUUUUGAAAGAAGGAGCAACUGAGGUUUGGAACACGGCCCAGGAUGUACCAUAUGCCUAUAAGGGAAACCAGUGGGUGGGCUAUGACAACAUGAAGAGCUUCCAGCUCAAGGUUGACUGGCUGACAAAGAGUCAAUUUGGAGGCGCCAUGGUGUGGACCCUCGACAUGGAUGACUACAUGGGCACUUUCUGUAACCAGGGAAAAUACCCACUGAUUAAUGUUCUCAAAAAGGGCCUCAAUCUGGAAGAUGCAUCCUGCGCCCCUCCUGCCACUCCCGUUCCUCCAAUUGUAGGAAUGAGCACGACAUCCGGCUCCGGCUCCGGCUCCGGCUCCGGCUCCGGCUCCGGAAAGGGCUCCGGCAGCGGUAGCUCCACUAGUGGGAACACUGGCACCGCUGGCAUGGACAGCGGAUUCUGCACUGGAAAGGCCGCUGGCAUGUACCCCAACCCAAAAAACAAGAACCAAUUCUACAACUGCAGCAACGGCAGAAGCUACUUCAAUCACUGUGGUGCCGGCCUGGUCUUUGACACCUCCUGUACUUGUUGCAACUGGGCUUGAAGCCGAAGUUAUAGAUUGACUAGCUAACUAUUAAAAGGCUGGAUGACUCUUUUUUUUACACUGUUCUUAAUUCUCAGGGGCCAACUUCUUUAAG